GAUGGAUUGAGCAUCGGAUGUGACGAGCCAUGUUCGUUUGUGCUUUGUUUGUCUCCGCGUGAAGUGCCAAACUCCUUUUUCUGGCAUUUUAAUUGUCUUGUUUCAAUUUCUCCAUGACUUGCAUCUUAAUGGAAAUGAAGAUUAUAUGUCACUUAGGGCUCAAUCUUUAGAGUGAGAAUGUAUCCUAAGUUCCUAAUUACGGCUACAAAGUUUCUCCCGGGCUUAAUUUCUGUAUGUCCCUAAUCCUAAUUCUUCUUUAGAGACAUUUGGAUUGUUUGUAAAGGCUUGGACUUGGUGUAAAAUUUUGCUUCGGUGCUUGGUGAACAAUAUGGAAUCAUUCCUUUUGGUCCACCCGAGUGAUAGAUUUCUGAACGUGCCCUUCUUCAGUUCAAUUAAGUCUAACAAGGUCCGUCAGCAUGAAGUGCGGAUAUCUAAAUUAGGGAGUGGGCUAAGAGUUAGAUGUGGAUGAGUUUAGUGGUAGCUCCCCUCAUAGCAGCUGCAGUAUCUAAGAGUUGAUGUAGCAAAACUAUGAAGUAGAUGAGAAAGAGGUGGAGCCUGUCAAAACAUAAUAGUGUUUCCUACCAUUGUUAUUUUGACAAGAAUGGUUACAGCAUGACUUCAUUUUGCUUUUAGAUUUGAUUAACUGAACUGGACGGGCAUGACCAUCCAAUACAAGGAUCAUAAAUAGAAUUUCCAUUGCCUGUUUCAUAAGAGCUUGACUAGCAAGCAACUGCUUUGGAUUAAUCAAGGAGGUGUUUUGGCAGAAAAUGACAUGUAAAAUUUAGCUGGAAAGUAAAGUCGGAAAGAGGUAAAGAUGGCAAUUCUUGGAGACAGUGGGUAUCUGAGUAACUGUCCUCUGGCCCAAUUGGCUGUAGCUAUUCCUUAUUUUCUAACUGAAGACUAUGUGUAUCUUGUGUUUGUUCGUGACAUUCAAGAUUUUGUUGGACAAUUUUCUUGCGGUUGAAUUCUCUGUCUUGCAAGAUCAUUAUUAAUUUUGGCAUUAUUUUUAUGCGACGGAUGUUUACUCUUUUGUUGUUACAUAGUCUGACAUAUUUCUCAUCAUCCAUGCUCUUGAGGAUUAUUUUGUAUUAUGUUUGAUCUGAAUUAUUUAGUUGUUGAUGGCAUUGAAGUUAUGUUGUUGUAGAAUGGCUGGAAUUUAGUUCUUCAUUGAUGCCCUUUAAAAGUUGAACAGGAUAAUGUUGUCAGAUCUGGCCUCUACAGCUACUCAUGGUUGCUAUGACUAAUGAAACAUAUAAUUUUUUGUUGGUAGUCUUUGACUUUAUAUAAAGAGAUUUUAAUUAUUUUUUUUUUUAUUUCUAGUCAUUUGGAUAAGGCAAGUCUUUCCAGUGAGGACCAUUAGCUAUCCCAAGUUGUAUGUGAUUGCGGCUGGAUCAUUAUAACGGCGGAAGGUGUUUUAUUGCUGCUUGUCUCACAAUGCUGCAGUCUCACAUCGUAUGUGGUUGUUCAGUUGUAUUUGGUCAUCAGUUUAUGUUCAGCUCAAUACUAUAGCAGCCAAAACAGUGAAGAGCACUUUGGCCAUGGAACAGCCACCUCAACGAUCUCAGCCUCUGACCGGAAUUGUUUCUGGUGCCGCCCAAAGAGCAUAUGCUGCUCCUACCUACCAGCCAGCUGCAAUGGUUACUGGAGCUCAAGCAGUAACAGGAGCCAUGCCUCACCUGACACAACUUACCUCAGCAUAUCCUAUUAACCCAGUCAAUCUUGCAAGCCCGCAUCAGCUUGUUUACCAGCAGGUCCAACAGUUCCAGCAUCAGCAACAGCAACAACUCCAAGCCUUUUGGGCCAACCAGAUGUCAGAGAUAGAACAAGCCACUGAUUUCAAGAACCACAGCCUACCGCUCGCCCGGGUAAAAAAGAUCAUGAAGGCUGAUGAGGAUGUUCAUAUGAUAUCAGCCGAUGCCCCUGUAGUAUUUGCCAAGGCAUGCGAAAUGUUUAUACUGGAACUGACACUCAGGUCAUGGAUCCACACCGAGGAGAACAAGAGGAGAACGCUGCUGAAGAAUGAUAUAGCUGCUGCUAUAUCCGGGACUGACAUAUUUGACUUCUUGGUCGAUAUAGUUCCGAGGGAUGAGUUAAAUGGUGACGGCCUUGGGCUUGCGAGAGCCGGAGCUCCUGCCGAGUCAAUUCCUUAUUACUAUCUACCGGCAUCACAGAUGACAGGUUCUGGAAUGAAUACGGGAAAGCCUAUAGGUCAAACGACUCGUUCAGUGGCUUAUAUGUGGCAGCAGCCUCAGGCACAACAGUUGCCGCUGCAGCAUCUCCGGCAGGCAACCGAUGGUGAGUGAGCUAAUGUGUCUUCAGGGAUCUUUUUGAGACACUACUCUUUAACUUGUCCACUGUAUAAAUCGUUGGUGCUUUUUAGACCUCAAUGCUCUUGCUUCUUUUGCAAGCAUUCAUCCUGCAGUAGUGUUCCUUCACAGAUCAAGUUUGGUCUUUUUAUUGUCGC